AACCUGAGCGAACAAGGACGCGAUUUCCUGGCUGCGCUCCCGGGAAGGAGGUCUGUGCUGAGUCCCAUCCCCCGACUGGUCCUACUCAGGAAACGCGGAGAGAAAGCCAGGAACCAGGCCUGCCGGGCCCCGCGGCCCCUGCGCUCCUCCCCCCACCCCUGCCCCCGACUGCAGGAAGCCGGCGGCGGGAACGCCCUGCCCGACGGGUGGGAACGGCCCCCGGCUUCCCAAGCCCGCGGCGGCGCGGAACUGUCACUGCGGCAAGCGCGCCGCCUCCCCACCGCCCGCGCUCCCGCCGCCGUCGGCCGGUUAGCGUUUCGGGAAAGCGCUGCAGCCCAGAUCCCGCGCGCCGGAGCGGAGAGGCUGACUCCCACGCCAGAACCCACGCCGCAGGGGCUGGCCUGGGGAGGGAGAGGUGUCCGAUCCUCUCUUGUGGGAGACUAAUAAUGAUCUCCAGUUGCCAAAGAAAGUUGUGGAUGCCAAGAGAAAGGUAACCAUUUCUCAUCCCCUCGAGUGCAACUGGCUGCCUCUAAGAUCCCACAUUGGCUGACAGUAGACAUGGCUGAAUUUACAAGCUACAAGGAUACUGCUUCCAGCCGUCACCUGCGGUUUAAGUUACAGAGUCUAAGCCGCCGCCUUGAUGAGCUGGAGGAAGCCACAAAAAACCUCCAGAAAGCAGAGGAUGAGCUCCUGGAUCUCCAGGACAAGGUGAUUCAGGCAGAAGGCAGCAACUCUAGUAUGUUGGCUGAGAUUGAAGUGCUGCGCCAGCGAGUGCUGAGAAUUGAAGGCAAAGAUGAGGAAAUUAAGAGAGCAGAGGAUCUCUGUCAGCUCAUGAAGGAGAAACUUGAAGAGGAGGAAAACCUCACCCGGGAGCUGAAAUCUGAGAUUGAGCGGCUUCAGAAACGAAUGGCUGAACUGGAGAAACUAGAGGAGGCCUUCAACAGGAGUAAGAACGACUGUACUCAACUCUGUUUGAGCCUGAAUGAGGAGAGAAACCUGACAAAGAAAAUCUCCUCUGAGCUGGAAAUGCUCAGGGUCAAAGUGAAAGAACUGGAAUCUUCUGAGGACCGGCUGGAUAAAACUGAGCAGAAUUUAGUGUCAGAGUUAGAAAAGCUAAAAUCAUUAACUCUGAGCUUUGUAAGUGAGAGAAAAUACUUGAAUGAAAAGGAAAAAGAAAACGAGAAACUGAUAAAAGAGCUCACUCAAAAAUUGGAGCAGAACAAAAAAAUGAACCGAGAUUAUACAAGGAAUGCUUCUAAUCUUCUGGAAAGGAAUGACCUACGGAUUGAGGAUGGUAUCUCUUCACUGCCGUCCAAAGAAUCAAGAAGGAAGGGCACUCUGGACUAUCUAAAGCAGGUAGAGAAUGAAACAAGAAACAAAUCAGAAAAUGAAAAGAACCGAAAUCAGGAAGACAAUAAAGUAAAAGACCUUAACCAGGAGAUUGAGAAACUUAAGACACAAAUCAAACAUUUUGAAUCUUUGGAGGAAGAGCUUAAGAAAAUGAGGGCCAAAAAUAACGACCUUCAGGAUAAUUAUGUACGUGAACAAAAUAAAAACAAACUCUUAGCCAGCCAGCUGGAGGAGAUAAAGCUACAAAUCAAGAAACAGAAAGAGUUAGAGAAUGGGGAGGUGGAAGGUGAAGAUGCUUUACUGUCCAGCAAAGGUAGGCACGAGAGGACUAAGUUUAGAGGCCAUGCAAAUGAGGCAUCUGUGUCCAAGCACACACCCCGGGAACUGUCCCCUCAGCAUAAGCGGGAAAGGCAUCGAAAUAGGGAGUUUGCGAUCAACAAUGAGAACUAUUCUCUGAGCAAUAGGCAGGUUUCCUCUCCCAGUUUUACCAGCAGGAGGACAGCCAAAGCUCCCAACACAGGGGCAGGUGUGGACAGUGGGACUCAGGAGACAAAGAGAACUGAGGAUCGAUUCACAUCUGGCUCCUCUCAGAGUGAAGGGAAGAAGUCCAGGGAGCAGCCAUCGGUGCUGAGCCGCUACCCGCCUGCUGCUCAGGAGCACAGUAAAGUUUGGAAGGGCACUCCCAGGCCAGGCACUGAAGGCGGGCUGAAGGGGAAAGUAGAGAAGACAACACGAACAUUUAGUGAUACCAGCCAUGGCUCUGUUCCCAACGACAUAUCAGGGAGAGGUGACAAGACUUCUGACGCCUCUGCUGAGGCCCUCUUAAGCAAGAGGGGGCAGGUGCCUGGCAAUGGAAGUCAGAUAACUCAGGCUGCAGACUCUGGCAGUUCUAAGGCCAUUGGAGCUCUGGCCACAUCUAGAAGAUCUUCCUCAGAAGGACUCUCCAAGGGCAAAAAGGCUGCCAAUGGCCCAGAGUCUGACACCAAUUCCCCAAAUUCCAAGGCUCCUCCUUUAUCAAAGUAUUCUUAUAGCUCCAGAAGCCAAGAGAACAUCCUUCAGGGCUUUUCAACCCCAAAUAAAGAAGGAGUUGAUCAACCUGUAGCAGUUGUCAUGGAAGACAGUAGUCAGCAUGAGGCCCUGAGGUGUCGAGUCAUCAAAUCCAGUGGCAGAGAGAAGCCAGACUCAGAUGACGACAUGGACACAGUGUCUCUUGUUACUGCCAAAUUGGUGAACACAACCAUCACUCCGGAGCCAGAGCCCAAACAGCCGCCCAACUCUAGAGAAAAAGCCAAAUCCCGAGGGGGACUUAGACCGUCCCUGUUUGAGAACGAUAAAGAUGUGGGAACAGAAAAUGAAUCUGGAAAACCUGUCAGAGCCUCCACCAAUGCCAUGGAGCUCCCAGAGGCCAAUGGUGCUGGCGUAAAAAACCAGCGGCCCUUCAGCCCCAGAGAGGCCUUGCGCUCCAAAGCCAUCAUCAAACCUGUCAUCAUCGAUAAGGAUGUGAAAAAAAUCAUGGGAGGUUCUGGAACUGAGGCCACAUUGGAGAAACAGAAAUCUACUUCCAGACCAGGACCAAACAAAGUGACAAGCAGCAUAACUAUCUACCCUUCUGACAGCAGCAGCCCGAGAGCUGCCCCAGGCGAGGCCCUGCGGGAGAGGCACACAUCCACCAGCAACAUCCAGGUUGGGCCACCAGACCUCACAGCCCUUAGCAACCAUAUCAGCUCCCCCUUUGAGCUCUCCAUUCACAAACAUGACUUCACCCUGCAGUUCACAGAAGCUGAAAGACCGGGAGAAGGGCCCCUGAAGAACAAGCCAGAAACUGUGGUCUCUCGGAGCAGCAUUAUAAUCAAGCCAUCAGAGCCUGUGGAGAGGAAUAGCCAUGCACCCGCAGCGGAGACAAUCAGGUGGAAAAGCCAUAGUGCCCCUUUAGAAGUGGGCUCCUCAGAUGCCAGACAUGUUACUGUGCGGAAUGCCUGGAAGAGUAGGCGAGACUUGAACUCUUUUGAAGACCCCCCAACUCGAAUAGGUAAAAACGUGGAGUCUACCAACGCCUACACCCAGAGGUCUUCCACAGACUAUUCAGACCUCGAACAGCCUGGCUCAUACCUUUCUGAGCAGGGCACUCGAAGGGUAGGAAACUCAGGGGAUGCCCCUGAGCUCUCUUCCAGAAGGACCCAGAGCAGCCUCACCGUGUCAGAGGUGCUCACUCGUCGGAAUCGGGUAGGAGAUGCUGUCACAGCCCCGGCCUGGAACCACUCAGCAGGCAUAGAGGAAGGUGACGACUGCACACUUGGUGUCUACAGACGACUGCACAACUCCCUUGAACGAUCUGAACUGUCUGCGAAGCAGGGGCUGCCAGAGCCUGGGCGAGCCCGGGCUGAGGAACGGUUACGGCCAAGCAGACCCUGUGCUGAGGAAAACUGAGCCAGUGGGGUGAGGUCUCCUGCCUCCUCUGCUCAUGCUUCUCAGCUCUUCCAUCCCAUCUUCCUGCUCUAUGAAGGAUCCAAGGCCACUUAACCAGGCUAGACACCAGGCCUUGGCUGGGAGACUGUUGCAGAGAGCCAGGCUGUGGCUCAAGUCACUUUUUGCCAGUAGGCCAGAGGGGAUCAGAAACUACAAGCUGGAUGUAGUCACCCGGUUCCAGCCUUCCCUGAUGCAUGAGUCUUCUCCUUGUCCCCACCCCCUAGGUAGGAUGGGCCACCCUGGCCCCAAAAUGAGGAAAGCUAGAGAAACUCCUUGUAUCCACACCACUUAACAGCAGCUAAAUCUCUUCUCUGCUCCUUUGUGGGUUCUGCGUCAUAGGGCAACCCCCUUCUGUGUGGUUAAUGUUCCAGUUUCUUAGGUCUCCACACUGCAUCCAGGUCACCGCUUGUUUGCCCUAAGGGCCUAUACACCCACCAGCCAUCAGCUCCAUCUAGGGGGCUUCCGCUCCUUCCCCUGUGGAGUUCCUCAGUCUUUUACAGCAAAAGAGGUCUGUGCUGCCUCUAAGGGUUUAUGGAAAUACCCUUUAGGUCAGAGUUUUUUGACUUGGCCCCUUGGCUGACCAUUGUUUUCUGAGAGCAGAACACAUGGGUACCCACCUGAUGGAAUGACACCACCUCUCCCCCCAACCCCAGCUCUUUGCUCACCUUCCAGAGGUACCUGGAAGUACACAAGCCUCAUGCAUCUCCUUCUCUGAGCACCAAUAAUGCUGCUGGCCUUGCCUGUUCCUCUCCUGUGGCUGGAGACCUCAGGCUGACUUGGUCAUGUCCUCCUUUGGAAUAUUUCCAGACUAAACUGGGCCUGGCCCAGCACACUCUGCCUUCUAGGAAGCGCCAGCAUGGGGGAAAGUGGACAGGAGAAGCGAUUUCCCUUUAGUCACUCCACAAAGCAGUCGUUCAUGAAAGGCACGGACUUUGUUCCUCCUCUUCAUCCCCCAUGGAGGAGGUAUCGCACUUUACCAAGCCGAUGCGUUCCUACAGACGUGGGCCCGUGAUUUCUGCAAACCGACUAUCCUUGUGAUGACUUCCUUGGAGGAGAGGUAACACAUGCCCAUUAAGGGCCCCAGAUUUAUACAGUUCAAAAUGCAGUAAACCUUUCAGGGAGCCACGUAAAUACAAAUUGAUUUGUUUCCUUAUAUCAUACCAAUCACACAAGGAAAGAACCAUACAUUCUUGGCACUACUUUUUCUACAGCAUUCUCAAGUUGAAAGAAGGGAAUCCUCUUUUGAAAGCUACCUUUAUGAAGCUGACACUGUUCCUUCAUAGUGAAAGAACAUUAGACUAGAAGUCAGGAAAGCGGAUUUUUUUUCAUAACCUUGUACUCCUUUGUUAUGUGACCUUGGGCAGGUCAGUGUUGUCUUGGGGGCUCAGUUUUGCUAUCUAUAAAAUGAGUUCUUUGAAAUGGAUAGUCUCUAAGGGUCCUAAAUCUGGCAUCCAAGAUUUUUGUUUCUACCCUCCUGUGGGGGGUGAGUCUCACUCUUGGAAGGCGUUGUCCAAAUGGGUCUGUGUGUGUCCUCUCCACUGCCUGUGAUUAUUUUUCUGGGCCUUGUUUUUUCCAGUUCCUCAGGUAUUAAAGUCAUGAGGAUGAGUUCAGAAAAAUUCCCCCAGCCCCAUUUUUCCAGUCUGUGUAACAAAAGGGUUAGUUUAGAUGGUCCCUGCCACCCCUUUCAACACCAACCUUGCCCAGCGCCACAUAGCAAGCCACGUGCUCUCUGAAACACAGGUUGCUGUAUCUCCUGCUGCAGUGCUUGAGUUUUCUCUGCCUCCACUCAGGGUAGGAACCAGCGUUCACCCCACCCGUCUGCAUCAGAUCUGGCCAUCCUGGAGAAGGCCUGGGGGAGCACCUGUUUGACUUUGACAGGAGUGUUUUGUUCAUACUUCCAUUUUCUGGAGUUUUGCCAAGCUAAUGGUAUUUGUCAUGUGGCUUGCGUUUUCUCCAUGUUGCUGUCUCAGAUGCUCAACUUAUGAUGCUGUUUUCAAAAUCUCUUCCUGCUGCUUUUCCUGGGUCUCCGGCCGGAAACUAGCUCAAGGCUGCGACCUCUCACUUGCAGCCCCCCUGCCACACUUCACUGGUUGGCAACCCUCAGUGUCCAAAGGAAACAGAUCUCUGUGGCAGUCAACUGAGGCUAUAGGAAAUUAGGUCUGUGGCUCCUUGCUGGUAGAAACAAAAGGGCACCAAAUCAUGCCUACAAAGAUCUCGCCAAUAAUUCUGGUCUUUGGGUACUGGUGCCCUGGAUUCUGGUGCUGUAGUUCCUGGUGCCAAAGUCUGGAUCUUUCCACAGUUCAGCAGCACCAACAUCUGCCACCACCCAAAAUGCUCUGUGGAAGAGGGACAGCUGUGGUGCCCUCUUGCUGGGGCUGCCAUCUUAAAAAUCUGAGUGCAAUAGGGUUUGAUUAUAACAGUUAUUUCAGGAUAUCUUGUUUGCUUAGCCACUAUAGAACAGGUUUUUAUUUUUAAAUGUCCUCAGCAUUGCAGAAAAUACCAUUUGUAAUAGCAAGUAUAGGCUAAAGGCUCAGUUCUGCUGGACUUCAAAUGACUGGCAAGGGUGGCUCUCAUUCCAAAGUUGGAAGGCUCGUUUCUGAAAAGCAACCUAGGUGUGUCUGUUGGGACCCAGGCCUCACCAUCAGGAGUCCUGGAGGAAACGUCCAAAUGGGAGAUAUGGUAGUUGAAUAGUUGUCUGAUCAAGCCAAAUAAUUCUCACUGUCCCAGCCAACAAACCCACUUUUAUGAUAAGCCUCUUCUGCAGCUGGGCUUAACUCUGAAUUUCACCGGCAGGUGUAUGGUUGAGGGAGGGUUCCUAAUAAGGCUGGAGACUGGCAUUCCAGAGCUGCUUGGUUGGAGGAAGUAAUAAAGUUGGCUAAAUGCUAGGAGCUGGUCUCCACAUGUUGCCGCCUGUCUAUCACCACUCUGAUACUAGAAGCAACCAGAAAAAGCUGCAGGGAUGGUGGACAAAGAAACUAUGGCUGUUUUUGCUUUUGUGUGGCAACAAAACAGUUAUAGGGUGCGUUAAAGGGAUUGCAGUGGGGCCAAGGACUCAACCUCAGCCACAGGCAAACUUGCACAUAACUCAUCCCCCUCUCAUGGGGUAUGGGAGGGCCUGUAUUGAUCUUGGACUUGUCAUCCUGGGGCAGUUUUAGUUCUUUAUGUUUAGUGGGUUAGUGUCAAGUGCUACCACUUCCCAGUAAAGGAAAAGGGACUUGGUCUCUGGGUCCCCUUCGUUGGUGGGGUUUUUUUGUUUGUUUGUUUUUUUGAUAUUGUUACUCUGACAAAACUGCUUUGGAAGAGCUGCUUUUAGGGAUUACCUUUCAAAUACCCCAGGGUGGGGAAUAGGGUUCUCCUCAAAGCCUCACAACCAAGAUCAUAGGAAAGGGGCCCUACCUUCCUGCUGCUUCACAGCUCAGAACAUGUACUGAAUGGAAUGUAUUUUUAAGAGAAUAAAGUCUAUUUUUUUUGUAUUUUAAAGAUUGGGAGGGCUAGGGAAGUAGUCCUCAAAUAAACUGUUGUUAUUACAUUAUAGGCGUCCUUGCUAGGGGACAUCAGUAUCUGUUGGUCCACACCUACUUGCUCAGGCAGGUGCUCUGGUCUCACCCUGCCCCUUGGAGUCUAGGUGCAGCAGCUUCUCCUACAUUCCUGCUCCAAGCAUGGGACCAACGAGGCCAGACCUUGUCGCUGGAAACCAGGGUGAAGCCAUGAGCAGUGACUCAGGGCUCCUUGGGUGCAUGUGUAUAGUUGAAGCUGCCUGUCUGCAUGUAUCCUCUGGCUCUAAUGCUGUCUGUUGGCUCUGCAGCACAAUAUGUAACCAAUAAAGCUCCCUAGUUUCCAUGUGUGA